AUGUUGAUAAGUGUAACAGAAGCGUCCCCUUCUCUCCGCUGUUGUUCGCUCAGUAACCGUCGCAUACCAACAAAACCCAAUCUUUCUCCCCGUCUCCUCCGUUCAACUUCCCGUCAACACAAUCUCUCUCUCCGUCUCCGUUCAUCAUCAUCCUCCAAUCUCUCUACCAGCUGUGACCUAGCGAACUUCGAUCCUUUAGGCAUUAAUCCAGAUUUAUCUUCUACUUGGAAAAAUCUCCUCACCGUCUUUCAAACCUCUUCGGAAAAGGAUAAACCUCGGGGCGUAGCGGCUGCAAUUGAAGAUAGUUCAAUUGAUUUUGGGGACUUCUUCAAUGGUCCACUGCCUGGUAUUGGUAGACUUGGUAUAUGCUCUCUUGGCAUUGUUCCAUUCAUCAAUGCGCAGAUUGUUUUUCAGCUUCUUGCUCAAGUGUAUCCCAAAUUGCAAGAUCUUCAGAAGAAAGAAGGUGAGGCUGGAAGAAAGAAAAUUCUUCAGUACACUCGAUAUGCUUCCGUUGGAUUUGCUAUUGUACAGGCUAUCGGGCAAGUUCUUUUCCUACGUCCCUAUGCAAAUGAUUUUACAACAGAAUGGGCCAUUACUUCUGUUAUCUUACUCACACUUGGCUCUGUCUUUACCACGUACAUCGGGGAGCAAAUUACCGAGCUCAAACUUGGGAAUGGUACCUCUCUUUUGAUAUUCACAAACAUUAUCUCCUAUUUGCCGGCUUCUUUUGGUCGCACGUUUUCACAGGCGUUUAGUGAUGCUAACUAUGUUGGACUUGUUACCAUCAUUCUCUCCUUCUUUCUGUUGGUACUUGGUAUUGUCUAUGUUCAGGAAGCAGAGAGAAAAAUUCCUAUUAAUUAUGCUUCUAGAUUCACCAGCAGAAGCGGUGGACUUGAGAAAUCUGCUUACCUUCCGUUUAAGGUAAAUAGUUCUGGAGUAAUGCCUAUCAUUUUUUCUACGUCGUCAUUAGCUCUUCCUGGUACUUUAGCUCGCUUCACUGGUUUAAGCUCACUAAAAACUGCUGCAGUGGCUUUGAAUCCUGGAGGCUCCUUCUAUCUUCCAUUUAACAUACUUUUGAUAGCCUUCUUCAACUACUAUUAUACUUUCCUACAACUGGAUCCUGAUGAUGUGAGCGAACAAUUGAAACGUCAAGGUGCUUCAAUUCCACUUGUCAGACCAGGCAAAAGUACAGCUACAUUUAUUAAAACUGUUCUUAGUCGAAUAUCAGUCCUGGGCUCAACAUUUUUGGCAAUCUUGGCUGCUGGACCUGCAGUUGUUGAGCAGACGGCACACUUGACUGCAUUCCAGGGAUUUGCUGGAACUUCUAUUCUUAUUCUUGUUGGUUGUGCAACAGACACAGCAAGAAAAGUUCGAGCUGAGAUUAUAUCCCAGAAGUACAAAAACAUAGAGUUAUAUGAUUUUGAUAAGUAUUGA